GUCAGAAAACGGGAUGAGCCUUUUGGGGGAAUUCAGCUAAUCAUCUGUGGGGACUUCUUGCAGCUACCUCCAGUUUGCAAGGCUAAUGAAGAAACCAAGUUCUGCUUCCAGGCAAAAAGCUGGAGGAAAUGUAUCCACAUAAACAUGGAACUGACUGAAGUGCGGCGACAGACUGACAAGACCUUUGUCUCACUCCUGAGUGCAAUACGUUUAGGCAGGUGCACAGAGGAGGUUACCAGGCAGCUGAUGCAGACAGCUACCAACAGGUCUGAGCGUGAUGGGAUCCUGGCUACACGGCUCUGCACCCAUAAGGAUGAUGUCGAAAUAACUAAUGAGAGACGCUUGCAACAGCUGUCAGGAGAAGUGCACACAUUUGAGGCUCUGGACAGUGACCCAAUGCUAGUGAAGUUAAUUGAUGCUCAGUGUCCUGUGGGUGGUAGAGUUGAGCUGAAACUUGGAGCUCAGGUGAUGCUAGCAAAGAAUCUGGAUGUGUCUCAAGGGCUGGUGAACGGGGCACGAGGCGUUGUUGUAGGAUUUGAAAGUGAACAGAAGGGGCUGCCUAAGGUUAGGUUUCUCUGUGGGGUCACACAGGUCAUAAGAAUGGAGAAAUGGGUCUUCAAAGGACCAUCAGGAGUUCACCUGAGUCGUCAACAGCUGCCUUUAAAAUUGGCAUGGGCCAUUUCCAUUCACAAGAGUCAGGGCAUGUCUUUAGACUGUGUGGAAAUCUCCCUGUCUCGUGUCUUUGAAAGUGGGCAGGCUUACGUAGCCCUCUCCCGAGCCCGCAGCCUUGCAGGGCUCCGUGUUCUGGAUUUUGACCCAAAAGUAGUGAGAGCUGAUCCUUCUGUGCUGCAGUUCUAUAGACAGCUGAGGCGUCAUCAGCUUUUAACCCAGGAUUCACUACACACCUAUUCAGAUGCUGAUGAGAAGGAGAAUGUGAAAUGCAGCUGAUAAUGUUCUCCUGGUUUCUGUGAAGUGUCAGCACAGACAGCUGAGAUGCAGUGAUCUUGCUAUUGAGUAUAUUUGAUAACACAGAAAACACCUUGGAAGUAGAUUCAAAAGACUGUAUCCAGUAGAC